CCUGUUAUUAGUUUAUUUAUAUUUAUAAUAGUUAUUAUUAUUGUUGUGUGUUUCGUGUAGCGGUUGAAUAUUGUGUACAUUGGAAAUUGUGUGUUUUUAUCGCUUUACGUAUUGUAUCCAUGAGUAACAUGGAAGUGGAUGGUGCGGAGAACAGUAAUAGUUGUAGCAAUAUAUCAGACGGAGGAAAAUAUGCUAAUUCUAAGGCAUUCGUGGAUGCUGCACGCCAGUAUGAGACCACUCAUAGCGAGGCGUCUGUUAGUUUAAUGAACAGAUAUUUAAACCUGUUAGCGUCAACGUGUGAUUUAUCAAUAUUCGCACCCGGGAGGUCGGAGGUGUGCGCGUUGUUCAGCUCGCUGUGGCGCGUGAUGAGGGAGCCGGGCGGGCCGCACUGGGCCGGCGUCGCGGUCCUGUCCCGGGCUUGCAUGGAGCCGAGCGCUCGGCAUGCGCUCACGAACACUUACAAAUUUAUGCCAAUAUUGACUCAGUUGUUAUCAAAUUCUAUUUCAAAUGACAAGAAAAUCAAGUUGCUUUCGGUAAUGCAGGACAUUUCCUAUGGUAUUAUCAUAAGUUGGCAGGAGUCCUACCUCCCUGUGCUCAUGAAGCAGCUGACAGACUGGAUCACCUCCCCGUCCAAUGACACCCAGGAGCAAUUGAUCAGACACAGGUCCUUGACAGUGUUGGCCAACAUCUGCUCUGGAAACUUACCCGCUGUCUAUGCCUUGAUGAGGACCAUAGAUACCAAGAAAUUUGUUGUGCAUCUUAUGAGUUUAAAGGACGGCUGGUACGGAGGGGCUGACGUGUGCCGACUGCUGCUGUGCCUGUCGGCGGCGACGCGCGGCGCGGGCGCCGUGCGCCAGACCGACGUCAACAGCUACCUGUCGUGCUGCGUGCUCACUUUCAGCAAGGCGAUCCUAGAUAAGGACUCGAGUCAACUGCUGCAGGCGUACACUCUGAUGAACGAGCUGUGCCAAGACAUCAACCUGAGGAACCUCGUCGCCAGUGCGCCCGACUUCUGCCUCGAGAACACCUUGAAGAAUUUGGUGGAGUUUUGCAAUGCACCCAAUGAAGCAUUAGAGCCUGAGCAAGUCACUGCUGUUGUCCAAAAUGCUUUAAAGUUCCUGGCGGUCUUAGUUAAUUUAGAUAUGUAUCCGUUCCGCAAAAACCACUGUCAAAUGCUUUGUCUGUGUUUGGUCGCACACCGGUUGUGUCUGCCAGAGAGCUUGGAAUUAUUCUCAUCAAUCAUAUGUCAAUACAAAGAUGAAGGUCAGCUACCUGAAGAGUUAAUAUUGAUGAUUAGCGAGGGUUUGCCAGGCCUUCUAGUGCCACCAGCGCUAGAGCCAGGAAAAGCUGGAUUGCAAUGGUUGCAAGUGGUGGGUGCCCUGUGCGACGCGGGCUCGACGCAAGAGCGAGUUCUGAGGGCUGUGUCGGCGGAGGCGUAUGAAGAGGUUCUAUACAGCGUUCUGCAGUAUUGUUCACAAAACGGGUCGGUGGGUCAGGAGCAGGGUCAGCAGGCGGCCGUGCUCGGCUGCAGGACGGCGUUGACGCUGGCGCCGCUGCUGCCCGCGUGGGGCGCCGCGCUCAAGAGGUUCCUGCUGAACAACCAGGUGCGGAAAAUGCUAUCGACGGGUCUACGCAACGGAACGCGACGGCUUGAAAUACUGAAGCUAAUUAGGCAUCACCUUUUCCCUUGUGACCAAAUGGAUGAGGUAUUCGAGGAGUCCCCGAAGCAGUCGUCGGAGGGGUGCGCGUCGCCGCGCGCCGCGGAGGCGGACGAGGCCUGGCACUCGGCGCCGCGCCUCGCGCCGGCCCAGGAGCACGCCGUCGACGCGCUCGUGCGACAACUCACUGAAGCCCUACAGAAGAACAAGAUAUCCGACAUUGCGACAUCGAGUGUAAUGGAGCUAUAUGGAUACAAAAUGGCAUGUUUAGAACAAAGACUGCAUUCACAAACUGUUGCGCUUCAGGGCGCAAGUGAACACAUGGCGUCUCUGCAACAUUCUCUAGCGAUGCUUCAAGCAACCAAUUCGUCCCAGCAAGAUGUUUUAUACACUACACAGAUGCAAAACGAAAAAUUAAAAAAGACAAUAGACAAUCUACACAAACAAUUAGAAGAUGCCGAGGGCGCCGUUCGCGGGUACCGAGCGAAGGUCGUCUCGGAAAAGGCACUUAAAGAAAAGCAAAAAGAGAUACUGCAGAAUGAAUUCAAAACCCAACUUAACACUUUAGAAAAUGAAAUGAGAGCCAUUGAAAAAGAAAACCAAGAAAAAUUGAAGAUUGCUGAACAGGAAACUAAAGCAGUGCAGAAAUUACUGGACCAAGAGACGAGCAAGUGCAAUGAACUAGCAGCCGUGCUGAUACGGUUCGAAGAGCAAGUUCAGACUCAAGUCAAAGAGAUAGAAGAGGCUAAUGCACUUGAACGAUCUCUUAGAAAAGAAAUAGAACUUAAAGAAUUGACAAUAAAGCAUCAAGAAAAGACGAUACUCGAGCGCGAGAACCGGCUGUACCAGCUGAACACGCAGCUCGAGGAGAUGAAGCGCGUGCAGGAGAUGAUAGCCAAGCUCACGUCCAAGAGCGCUAGCACUGCUGCCUCGCCCAAUAACAGCACAUAACACACGCAGGCCGCAUAACAUCGCGGCGCGGCUGCGAGCCUAACAUAACGCGACUGGAUGCGCGUGUACUAUUAUAAUAAUGU